AUGGAAACCGUUGAGAGGGUGCUUCAGUUUGUUGACAAAUAUGUACCACUUUUCAUGGAACGUAGAGAUCAUGGAGGUGGUUCAGAGCCUCUGUUUGUGUUUGUAUGUGGACCACAGGGAUCUGGUAAGACUUUUACCACAGAUGCUAUAGUGAAACAUUUGGGUAGUAAAUAUCGAGUUGCAGGUGCAUCUAUUGAUGAUUUUUACUUGACACAUGAGGAUCAAUUGAAAUUUAGUAGGACUUUUCGUCGAAAUAAGCUUUUACAAGGUAGGGGUCUACCCGGUACCCAUGACAUUGCACUCUUAACCCAGUGCAUUGAGAACGUCGUACGGGGUAAGGAGGGAAAAUUGGAUAUUCCCACGUAUGACAAGUCACUGUGCAAUGGUGAAGGUGAUCGCAGUGAAUUUCGCCAGGUAGACCUACCACUGGAUGUGUUUGUUCUGGAGGGGUGGUUCUUGGGAUUUAAUCCAUUGUUAUCGAAGCAAGAGAUCAAUAGCCACCCAUUGUUGCAAGGUGGUGGUGAUAUGGUUCAAGUAAAUGCUAAUUUACUGUUUUACAAGGACCUACUAUGGGGGAAUUCUGAAUUGAAGUCUCUGGGGGUUAUACUAGAGGCAGAUGACAUCAAAAACGUUUAUCAAUGGAGAGCCGAGCAGGAGCAGGAAUUGCACAAAUUGAAGGGUCAAGGAAUGGAUGACGAUCAGGUAAAGAAAUUUGUGGAUAGGUAUUGGCCCUGUUAUGAGUUGUACUACGAACCACUGGUGCAAAGUGAAAGCUUCGGUUCUGUAGCUACAUUGACGUUGGGUUUGGAUUUACAGCGUAAUGUGAUUAGCAUCAAGGACAGGUGCAUAGAAUGA